AUGAAACUAAAAAAGAUAUUUUGGUGGAUUAUAGCACUAAAUAUAUUAGGUAUCAUAGCAGUUAUUGUUAUGAUAUUAAAGAGUUCUUAUUAAACAAAGAAAUUCGGCGAUGAUAAUUCUGCUAAAACUCGUAGUAGAGAAAGAUCUUUUGAAUAGAAAAGCACAAAAAAUAAUACUAAAUCAGAGAUAACUACCAUCAAAGAUGAGGGUAGAAAAGAUCAAUAAAAAGUAGUUUAUGACAUAUAUUAAGAGUUGCAAAAGAUUGGGCAGUUAUCAAAAUAGGAAAUUAAAGCAAAAUAAAACAAAACUCUUUCUCUUGAGUAAACUGCUGUUAGCAAAAGUGAUGAGUUUUAAUCAUUUUUCAAGCAAAUGAAUGUAUUACGCAUGAUAUAUGAUUAUCCCCAAUUAGACAGAAAAAUUCAUUUUAAUGACAUGCCAGAUGGUCAUCCUCUAUAUGAUGAACCUUAUAUGGGAUUGAUUAAUGAUCCUAAUUACUGUGAUUACGUAGAUGCUUACAAUGUGCUUUAUCCUCACAAUAUUCACAACGCUAUGAACAUUUUCAAUGACUACAAUAAUGAUGGCUUAGCAAGAUAAGUAUUUAAGCAAUAUGGGUAUGAUGUAAUGCCAGACUUUAUUAACAAAGAUAUGCCAGACGAAGAGUUUAAUUCUAGGAAGUAUUUAAUACCAUUCAAUACAACUAUGAUAUUCACUAAGAAGGUUAAGAGCUAUUAUUACCAUGAAUUUAACAAAAAUCUCUAUUGUGUAUCAUAAAUUUAUAACCAUAUUCCUGGACAUGGCACAUUGACUAGAAAGGAUCUGAACGUUGAAAGUGUUAACAACUACGCCAAAAGAUUCGAGAACAAGCCUCACUGCUUUAAAAAAAAUUAGUUCUUCCCAGCUUCAUACAGACUUGAUAAUGAAACUGAGUGCAGAUAAUUUUUUGAAAUCUUCAACUCCAAAGAGUACAAAAAACUCAAAGAAAAAGAAGGAAUUUCAUACAUAACUAAAGUCUCCUAUGGCUCUCAUAGAGCAAAUGGACUGGAAUUGGUCGAUGAUGAAUAUGAAGUAAGAUUAAGAAGAAAAUAUUAUAACGGCUAAUUAUGCGGACAAAUCGAAGACAAUUUAAUGGCUUAAAAGUAUGUUGCAAACCCCCACUUGUUGGAAGGACAUAAAUAUGAUUUUAGAGUCUAUCUUCUAAUCGCAUCAACAGAUCCCUUAAUUAUUUAUUAUCAUGAUGGGUUUUUAAGACUUUCUAUUCUAAAAUACGAUAAAAACUCUAAAGAAAAAUCAAUCCAUUUUGCUAACACAAACUUAGCUAAGGAUCUGUUUGAAAAUGCCGAGUAGUACAAGAAUAUAACUGGUAUGACUGAAGCUGAAAUGCGUAACUUUUAAAUGUGGAAUAUGAGUAGAUACGAAGACUUUUUAGUCUCUAAGGGUAAAGUCAAGAGAGGAUGGCUUGAUGAUUACUUGCGUCCUGAAUUAUAGAAAGCUUUCAUUCAUGCUGUUAAAAUGAGCGAACACGCUUUCUUGAAGGAUCCAAGAGUGUUUGAGAUGUUUGGGCUUGAUUUCUUGUUUGAUGAAAAUUUGAAUUUAUGGUUUAUUGAAUGUAAUGCUUCUCCUGUACUGUAAGGAACUAGUGAAGAAAAAAUGAUUUUCUAGAGCGAGUUAGUUAGGGAUUUGUUAUAAAUUCAAUAUUCUUAUUUACGCUCAAGGUGGUUAAGAAUUAGAAAAAUUAUAACAAAACUCCAAACUUAGCUUAAAGAAGGAAAUCCUGAUUUAAAAUCUUUAAGAGAAGAGUUUAAAAAAGUAAAUAAAAACUAUUUAGAAAAAGAAUAUCAAAUAAAGAAUAACAGCUUUGUUAAAAUAACUGAUCUUAACUUACCUGGCAAAGCUGCAUAUGGAAAUCUAUUUGAAGAAGAUUGUUUUGCUACUGAUUAAAAAAAUUAAAGCAAAACAGAUAGAUAAGUUGAUAAUAACAAUUAAAAGAGUAAAGCAAAAGUUAGCUAUAAAGAAGAACCAUGA